ACAAGCUGGCCCGACGCUUUACUUCUAAAAUUCAAUAUCAAGCAAAGUACUUUCAGAAUCUAAAAAUCACAAUGAGUUUAAAGAAAAAAGCGUGUGGCCUAUGGUGCAGGCACAAACCUACGGAAAACCAGAAAGCAUUGGCCUUAGCCUUCGCACCAUCAGCCGCCACCUUUGGGCUGGCUGCAGCAUUGGCUGUUGUUUAUUAUACCGAUUGGAAAGUAAUUGCCGGAUGGAUUCCCCUAUACAAUACCAAGUUUCCCAAGCCCGAAGACCCAAAGAAAAAAAAUAAAUAGGAAAUGAACGCUGCAGCAUAACUUAUUUUUAGUCUCUAUGGUUGAACAAAAUCGUACUCUCGAAGAUCGUGCAUUUUGGGGAAAAUUAUUCAAAUAAACUGUUUUACUGGUAUUCAA